GUAUGGAGUGUGAAAGUACAAUGAGAUUUGGAAUUACAAAUGUUUGUUUCUUGUUUUUGGGACACUCCCACUCUUCCACGGUGUGACUCAAGCUCUUCUUCCUCUCCUCAAAAUCGCUAAUAUCCAACGACAAGGGUUUGUAGACGUAAAACGCUGCGUUUUCAUUUCACUCACAAUCUCUGGCUCAACCCAGUUCAUUCUUUAGGGUCCUCAGGUAGAGAUAAUGCCGGAAAUUUCCAUCAUUGCUUCUAAAGGAUUAGCACAAGUCAUGUUUUCCAGUCCUUUCAAGGAAAACCAAUGAAGCCUUUGUAUCAUUUGCAAAGCUAUCAUGAAUGUUGAGGCAGUAGAUGAAGGGGAAAACAGUGAUAGACCUGCUUCUGAAAAUGUUGAAACUGAAAAAGAUGAGGAACAAAAUAUGAAAGUAAACUUGGCUGAAAGAGAAGUAAAUAACCAAGAUGGUGAUGCUUAUAGGAAACCACUUGUGGGCAUGCUGUUUGAAUCUGAAGAUUUUGCAAAAUCAUUUUAUGAUUCAUAUGCAAGAGAUGUAGGAUUUAGCACACAUGUUGGUCAAUUCAGCCGUGCUAAGCCUGACGGUCCAAUUAUAACUUGGGACUUUUCUUGUUCCAGAGAGGUAUUUAAAAGGAAGAACAUAGUAAGUUGCAAUGCAAUGCUUAGGGUAGAGAGAAAAGAUGCAAACUGGAUAGUGACAAAAUUUGUUGAGGACCAUAACCAUUCCCUUGCUUCCUCUAGAAAGGUGCAGAACCGUCAACCCAGUAGACAUUCUGUAGGUGCUGCUAGGAAUGUUAUAACGACAUUUGAUGCCCGUAAUGAAUCUUGUGCUUCCUUGAAUGGAAAUCAUUCAGAGCCCAUUAGUUCUGUUAGGAACUCCUUUCUAGCAGAACAAUGUCAUCCAAUGAGAAGCAUCGGGUCACUUACCUAUGCAAGAUCUUCUCAAAAGAGGACCCUUGGAAGAGAUGCUCAAAAUCUUCUGAAUUAUUUUAAGAAGAUGCAGGGUGAAAACCCUGGCUUUUAUUAUGCAAUACAACUAGAUGAUGAAAACCGCAUGACCAAUGCAUUCUGGGCAGAUGCAAGGUCAAGAACAGCUUAUAAUUACUUUGGUGAUGCUGUAAUUUUUGACACAAUGUAUAGACCAAAUCAAUACCAAAUCCCAUUUGCUCCAUUUACAGGAUUCAAUCACCACGGCCAAAUGGUUUUAUUUGGUUGUUCAUUACUUCUAGACGAAUCGGAGUCUUCCUUUACAUGGCUAUUCAAGACGUGGCUAUCUGCUAUGAAUGAUCGACCACCUGUUUCCAUAACCACAGAUCAAGAUAGGGCCAUACAAGCAGCAGUUUCUCAUGUGUUCCCAGAAACUCGCCACUGUAUUUGUAAGUGGCACAUUUUAAGAGAAGGUCAAGAAAGAUUAGCUCAUAUUUACCUUGCUCAUCCUUCACUCUAUGGGGAUCUAUAUGGCUGUAUCAAUUUUUCCGAGACCAUUGAGGAUUUUGAAUCAACAUGGAAGUCUCUUCUGGAUAAAUAUGAUCUCCAGAAAAAUGACUGGCUUCAGGCAGUAUAUAAUGCUCGUAAACAAUGGGCCCCUGUUUACUUUCGUGAUACUUUCUUUGCUGCUAUUACUUCAAACCACGGGGUAAACUCCUUUUUUGAUGGCUAUGUAAAUCAACAGACAACCAUACCUUUAUUCUUUAGGCAGUAUGAAAUAUCACUUGAACAUUCAUUGGAAAAAGAAGUAGAAGCAGAUUAUGAGACUAUCUGUAACACGCCUGUACUGAGGACUCCAUCACCAAUGGAACAACAGGCAGCAAAUAUGUACACUAACAAGAUUUUUGCAAAGUUUCAGGAGGAACUGGUGGAAACUUUUGCAUAUACUGCAAGUAAUGUUGACAAUGAUGGUGUUAUCAGUAAAUACAGGGUUGCAAAAUAUGAACAUGAUCACAAGGCAUACAUGGUCACAUUAAAUAUGUCUGAAAUGAAGGCAAACUGCAGCUGUCAGAUGUUUGAAUACUCUGGCAUUCUUUGUCGACAUGUAUUGACUGUUUUCACUGUAACAAAUGUCCUUACCCUUCCAUCACACUACAUUUUAAAGCGAUGGACAAGGAAUGCAAAAUCUGGUUUUGGAACUGAUGAAAAAACAACAGGUCCACUUAACAUUGAAAAUCUCACUAUACGUUUUAAUAGUUUAUGUCAAGAAGCCAUUAAGCUUGCUCAAGAAGGGGCAAUUUCCAUUGAGACUUAUAAUGUAGCAAUGAAUGCUUUGAGAGAGGGUGCUAAAAGGGUAGGUAUUACGAAGAAAAAUAUUGCAAAAGUCAAACCUACAAAAACUCAGGGUAAUGGAUGCUGUCCGGAAGACAAUAGCAAGAAGAGCCCGUCAUCAAUUUCGGAUGUCAUCCCAUCACUGUGGCCUUGGCAAGAUUCAGUGUCAAAUCACUUGAAUCAUAGUGGCCUUGGGCUUCCUGUUACUGAUCUGAAUCAUCCUACUAUGGCUCCUGUUUCUAUUCACCAGGAUGGUGGCCCUCGAGACAACUCUGUUGUCCUCAUGUGUUUCAAGUCUAUGACUUGGAUCAUCGAAAAUAAGAAUUCAAGCCAAUCUAGUAAAAUUGCAGUCAUCAACAUGAAGCUGCAAGAUUAUGGUAAGAGCCCUUUAGGAGAGACAGAAGUGCAAUUCAGGGUGACAAGGGUAACUUUGGAGCCUAUGUUGAGAUCAAUGACUUACAUUAGUCAACAGUUAAAUGCACCAGUCAAUAGAGUUGCUGUCAUCAAUCUGAGGCUCCAGGAUACGAAGACAACUACUGGGCAAACUGAGGUGAAAUUCCAAGUUUCUAGAGAUACUCUCGGCUCCAUGCUGAGAUCUAUGGCCUACAUCCGGGAGCAGCUCUAGGAGUUGAUUACAACAAUGCCUCUUAGGUACAAAGUAAUUUGGUUUGUUAGAAAAUCACCAUCAUUAUUUGGGGGAAGUGAGGUGGUUAGAAAACCUAAUGUUGUACCAUGCUUCAACUUGAAGGAAGAAUUUCUGCAAGAUAAAAGUUUUUCUUGCAUUUGGUUCCUAUCUUAAGCUGGCAAAUAAUGGCAGUAAUAUUUAAUUACAGGUAAAUAUGUGUGUAUAUGACAAGAACAUUCAAGUGUGUUUGUAAGAUGAGAGGUUUUUGCUAUGGUAGAUAUAUGAAACCUUCAAAAUCA